AUGCAGCGCUACAGCCUCGCGCAGUCAUCGUACCAGAGCGAAUACUACAACCGGAGCGACCGACUGCUCGACGCCUCCAAGUUGGAGUCCAACCGCUACAGAGGGGGGGUGGAGUCGGUAAAUACCGCGACAUCGCUACGACCUGGUGACAACUACGGCGCAUAUACUUCCUCGAGUCAGACGCGCCAUCAGCUGCAGCACCAGCACCGAAAGCACCACAGGGCGGGCAGCAGCAGCGGAAGCAGCCUACCAGUGGUCACGGCGGCAGCAGAUCUCGAUGAAGAGGAUCAGUACGCGCUGCAGCUAAUGGCGUAUAGGGCCAUCUACGUCUUACAGGGUGCUUUCAUGGGAAUGCUUGGCCCCGCGCUCGUCUUCUUUUCCGAACUGGCACAGGGGAAUUUCAUGAGCGACUUUGUGCUCACUUUUUUUACAGAGAAGGAGUUCAUGAAGCAGCUGAUCGUCGUUCUGCUGCUCUGCAGUGGCGCUUGGUACGCAUGUCUAACGCCCGUUGCUGCAGCCACAGGCAACGUGGGGGUUGGAGUGUUCUUCAUUGCUAAAGGAUUCUGGACGGCGCUACUGAACAUCACGUUAAAUCGCUGUUCUAUGUGGAUCGCAGGGGAGAAGGAUCAGCGAAGACGUAGUAUAAUCACGUCCAUGAACAUCAACUACGGACUGGGCUCUUUGCUAGGUGCAGUUGUGGCGCUGGUGCUCAUCAAGCUGGAUAUCGAUCUCGCCUACGCUUUCUUUGGUUUGGCCAUCAUGACGGUGUUCCCGACUGUGCUAGUCGCGAUGUUGCCGAAUCCCCACAGCUACUACGGACGCGACGAACAUCAGACAUUGCUGUCCUUUGAAGACCCUACGCGGCGUGUCCCAACUGUCCCCAGUCCAAUUGUGGGCGGCGUCUUCUUGCAUGCCCAGCACAUCAGUGGCUCCAAAAACUGCAGUCCAGACACGUACGACUCGAAGAACAACUUUAUUAUCUUGUUGGUGACUAUCUUCGCGACCGUACUUUUCGGCAUCCAGCUCGGACUCGCUGCCUUUUUGUACGACUACAUCGGGACGGUUCUUACAGACGUGUGGCAGUGUGCGGCAAUGGUGUUGUUUUGGGGAUCGUUGACGGUGUCGUAUGUGGUCCUUCCAAAGUUCUUGUUCCAUGACAGGAAUCUCUACUCCAUCGUGGUUUGUGCCGUGGUGUGUGGAGCGAGUGCUUUCGGUCUUCUUUUCGGUACGCAAUCAGGACUUAUCAUCUUCACGAUAUGCCUCUUCCUCUUCUCGUUUGCACUGGCGCCGCUUUUCACGCUGAGUAUCCACUGCUUGACACGUGUAAUUAAUGAGCAGCUAAUCCGGCGGGUGUCUUCGCUCAUUGUGUUCGGGUGUGGAAUGGGUGAGGUGUUCAUUCCAGUUCUCAUGGGUUUUUUCAUGAGUGGGCAGAGCGGACAGGCAAACGGAGCAGUUGCUGUGAGUUACAUCACCUUUAUCCUUGCUAUCACGCUAGUGGGCGUUAGCGGGAUGCUGCUGUGGAUGGUCAAAGAAAGACUAAAGGAACUGCCGGAACCUGUAGACGAACUUGAGGGCAACAGUGACAUGGGUCGGAUGCGUGCGGCUCGUGCUGGCCAUGGCACACGGAAGAUUAACCACUAUUGA